AUGAUCGAACAGGUUGUUGUGGUGCGACACGCUGAGCGCGAAGACACUGUGAACAAGGAAUGGGCAGCUUCUAAUGCAUUGUCUUACGACACGCCACUGAGUGCGCACGGCUUUGAACAGGCCGAAGCACUGGCCAGCGAUCUCAGCGGGAUGUGUAUUGCCCAGAAACUCGGUUGCAAGCUCCGAGUCGCCGUGGUGUUUGGCGAGUGGAUGAACCCCGACUACUUUGACCUGAGCGUUCCCCCGGCCGACAAUCACACAAGCAUUACAGCUAGCUCGUACAAUUGGGUGGUCAGGGAGGCUCGUUCAGCUGUGCAGUACCUGGAUUUUGCCUACGACACUCGUGCUCUAGGGCUACCGGGGUCCUAUGGCGAGACAUGGGAGGAGAUGCAUGCUAGGGCCAUCAGGGGCAUUGACACUGCAAUUGCGUCUGAGCACAACAGUGUUGUCAUUGUUGUGACCCACGGCAGUCUCUGCAACAGCAUUCUGGGACAUCUACGGAGAGUUCCCGAGAUGCGGCGAAUCAGCCAGGCAAGCUGGGAGGCUGUCAAAGUGACGCACUAG